AUAGGUCGUCUGAGGGUUCGCCGCGGUUCAUUGCUAUGCUUACACACUAGGCUACCCUUCUCCAAAAGCUCUGCGGGACCACCUACCACUAGUCUUCGGCCGGAGGGGUUUAUUGCACAAACGCCGGGACGCAGGCUCCCGAAGAGGGAAGCCCAACGAAUGUCAGAUGCAAAGCUCCGCACCUCAUUAAGAUCAUAUUGGCAUACUCUCCCAAAAAAAAAAAAAGAGCAGACCCCAUUGAAGACGAGAGUGAGGUACAACAAGGCCAUUUCUGUCCACCGCCCUUCUCACGGAGCCGUACGUGGACGUUACCGCUCAUACAGCUCCCAGCCAGCAAGAGUUAGCCUUCCUCUACAAAGAAUGGAAGUGUGGAAGAAUCACAUCAAAUAAAGGAAUUCGGUUUUUCUUUUCAGAAAUUCCAUGGUGGAUCAGGACGAGAAUGAAUCCGGGAAUCCAGGACAUACUCAUCCUAGAGCUUCUGCUCUCCUCUGGGGAGGUACUUUUAUAGAUAGAGAGGUUCUAUUUACCGCUCCAGAUACUUCAAAACCAGUAAUGGACUUCAUUGCAGUGGCAUCAAUAUCUGAAUUCAGAAUCAGCUGGAAAAAGGAAGCUAUCCCACAAGCUGAGGAGGGGUUGCUAGCCGUAGAAGAUGUUAAGGAGCAGUUUUGGUAUCUUGAAGGGCGUUUGGCGGAGUUGGAGAGGCAACUUCUAGAGCGAGAUGCUGAGUUGGAGCUUUGCAAUGUUGUGUUGCAGAGUUUGGCUCGCUAUCCUGAUCGUGUGAUCGAGUUAGAGAGGCAACUCGGGCAGUUGUAG